GCCUAAUCCUCCCUGGUUCUCUUGUAGAAAAGAAUGUCAUGCUUGGUGCACUUUCAGUUGCUCCAAUGAACUCCAUACUUCAUGAGGGUAGCGUGUACAUUGGAUCUCAAACCAGAAUCUCUACAAGGAACUCGGGAAGUAAUUUGGAUGAACGGAUCGAGGAGAUGGACAUGGGAUACAAGAAAGUGGUUGGAAAUUUGGCUGCAAAUUUGGCUGUCACAACAAUGAAUGCUAAAGCAAGAUACUUCCAUCGCAUUGGUGUAAGUGGAAAGGGGCACUUGAAAAUAUAUGACAAACUUGAAGGUGUUCCACAGCACAAGAUUUUUCACCCUGGAAAAAGCUACCCUGUCAUGGUACGUCACAGCAAUAGCUUAAGUGCUGAUGAUGAUGCCAGGAUUGAUGCACGUGGCGCAGCUUUGAGGAUACUUUCUGAUGAACCCAGUUCUCACCCUCCUAUCAUUGAUUUGACACUGAAAACAGGCAAGGCAUUCUAUGCACGCACCCUUGGUGAUUUUGCAACUUGGCUUGUGUGUGGACUUGCUGCGAGGGAAGAGAUGGUCAAGUUAGCCCCACAUGUUCGUGAAGCCGUGUGGACUUCCCUUCGGAAUGGUGACUCAUAUGCUGAAUUGCAUUACCACUCAAACAUUUGCAGGCUCAUGCGGUUCCAGAAUGGACAGGAAAUGUAUGUCAAAUUCAAGUUAAGGCCUCAUGACACAAGUAUCACUGAGGAUACAGGUAAGGUUGAGCCAACUGGGAUUCUUCCACCAGAGACAGGUGCAAUUCCAAGGGAUGAAAAGGACACGCGUCCUUUGCUAUUCCUUGCUGAUGAUUUUCAAAAGCGAGUGAAUUCCCCCGGUGGAGUUCGCUAUGUUUUCCAGGUGCAGCUUCAACCAGUGCCAGAUGAUGAAUCCACACGUGAUGCUGCACUUGACUGCACCAAACCAUGGGAUGAAAAAGAGUUCCCUUACAUUGAUGUUGGAGAGAUUAACAUCACUGAAAAUCUUUCCAGAGAAGAGUCAGAGAAACUUGAGUUCAAUCCUUAUCUCAGAAGCCAUGAGUUAGAUGUCGUCCCUGCUAACUCCAUCACACAGAGUGCUUCAAUUGAUCAUGGUCGUUCAUUGAUCUACGAGAUUUGCCAGCACGUGCGUAACAGACAGCCACUCCCAGAAUCCUGGAGAAACCUCGUACAGCAAUCCAACGUGAAGGUAGACCUGUCCUGUUGUCCAAUGGCAGCAGCAGCAGCAUCAUCAGCAGCAGCAUUGCCUGAAAAGGAACCGUUGCUAAAAAAAGUAACCUUGACAAGAACCAGGUCCCAAAUUUUCUCAGGGCUUUUCACUCAGCCAUUUCUACAAACAGCUUUACCGCACAUGGUGGUGGGUUUAGCAAUUUAUGCUCCUCUGAACUUGGUUCUUUACCUUAACAAUGUGAAGAAUCUCCCACUGCAUUGGCUGCUUCCCCUGUUCUGGAUUCUCUCAGGUUUCAUGGCUGCACUAGCAUGUGUUGCAGCCAAAUGGGUUUUCGUGGGGAAGAAGAAAGCUGGUGAAACAGUACCCAUUUGGAGCAAAAGGGUCCUCAUGGAUAGCACAUGGCAAGCCAUUAGAACCGUAAUUGGAGACUUUUUCAUGGACAUGACAAGUGGGUCGUUUUGGUUUGUACUAUGGAUGAAGCUGAUGGGUGCAGACAUUGACAUGGAUCGUGCAGGGUAUGUGGAUAGCAUGGGAGCUUUGUUGAACCCUGAAAUGGUGAAGAUUGAGAGUGGGGGGUGUGUGGGAAGAGAAGCUUUGUUGCUUGGACACAUUUAUGAAGGUGAAGGAAUGGUGAAGUUUGGAGAGAUCAAAAUUGGUGAAGAUGGGUUUGUAGGGAGUAGAGCUGUGGUCAUGCCUGGUGUGGAAGUGGAAAGUGAGGCUAAUCUUGGUGCCUUGUCUCUUGCCAUGAAAGGAGAAAUAGUUAGGUCAAGAUAAAUAUUAGCCUCCUCCUCGGAGUGUGUUUGAUUGUUCACUUUUUAAGUUUGUAUUGAGUACACAAUGCAAAAGAGUUCGGGUAGGUAGACAUAUGGUUUUUACUCGAUAUACGAAUAACAUAUGCAUUAGUGGCGGUUUUUAUGCUAAUGCGCGUGUCGGUCAAAUCUAUACAUGUCAUUAAUUGUUUGUAUUCAUUUGUAGUGUUUGUUAUUACAUCAUUAAACUAAAUUUAAACACUAUAAUCAUA